ACAUAAAUAUUCAGCACUUCCCCGUUUGCUCAUGGAGUCCCAUAGUGUGCACUGGGCACACAUCGGAAGACUUCUAUAUACCGCGGCGGCAGCUUAUCUCCAUGCGAGGGUCCGAUUGCGAGAGGGCGACGGUCGCCGAUAGCUCGCGCCCCGCGCAGCCGAGCAACACGUCGGGCUCGACGCGCUUUGUUACGGGACUCGCUUCGCGAACACGGCGGCGGAGGGUAACCCGGUGCAAGAGGCGGCGAGACUCGGACGGAGGAGCGCGUUUGCCCAUGGGUGCCUCCGGAAGUUCGACGAGCGGCGUCGACCAGCACAGCGCAACGGCGAACGGCUCGCUACCUCAGUGCGAGAAGAAGGCGACGACGCAGCAGCCUGCCAAGCCCGAGGUGUCCAAAGCCGUGAGGGACUCGGUCCAGAAGUCCAUCGCCGCGUCCAACUCCCUGCUCGGCGGAGGGGCCAACGGCGUCCUCUGCAACGGGGUCGUCGGCGGCGGCAGCGCCAAGAGCUACCAGAGGAUCCGAUGGUCUCGCAACAGCCUCCUGGCGAGGGCCAAGCUGGCUUCGGCCGUUGGGCGCGCUCAGAUGCACUGUCGCCGCUGCGAACAUCGCUGGACCGACGACGGCGUCGAGGUGUUCUUCGACCUGGGCAGGCUCGGGGUUCCCAGGGUUGUGCGAAAGCAGUGCUUCAACUGCGGACACCUGGUGGUGCCGUCUUUCUCCUGCCUCGAAUGGGACCGUCUCGCCAGCGAGGCACUCGGCAAGUGGUCCAAGAAGGCGCUCGAGGCCCACCUCAAGCAGAGCCGCACCACCGGAGCACCGCUGCCCAUUCCCGAACACUGUUCCGUGCCCGUGCCGGACCCGUUGACUAAAGGGAUGGUCGUCAUAAACGUGGACGUCGUCAAUAACAACUCUCCGCGCUGACGAGACUCGCAUAUAGCGCGUCGUUAUUGAGCGUCGUUCUGACCAACUUUUGCUCAUCGACGGUUAGGAGUGUCACGUUACCUCCCGUCCUAUCUAUGCGGGCGCACGUGCAGUGUGGAUGCUCGACGAUGACCCGAUCAAGACGCUUCCUUCAUCGACGUUAGGUAACUGACAACGCCCGUCCGCACAAUGUGUAGAUGCACGCAUAUAUUAUGCUCUUGCGAGAAAGAGCGCGCUUCACGGCACCACGAUUCAUUGCUUCAAGAAGGUUAGGUUCAGAGCCGUCCCAUUAGAGCCAACUUGCAACGUGAUGCCUAAGGACUUUCCGCUCCCAUUUAUCCUUGUCGCGUAGUGUUUGAAUGAGUAGUUGGUUGUUCAGCAUCACCGCGAACACAUUUACCAUAAGAUAAGUCAUAUAUGUAAAAUCACUGCCAAGGUUGGUGUGCUGCGAUAUUGCUCCAUUUUUUAAAUAUGAGUGAAAUUUUCUUAUCUAGUCAUGCUACGCGAAAGGCCAGCGCUUGCUUUGCUCUUUUUUAGGGCGUCGCUUAUCUGCAGUGCACAAUGGUUGUCCCUUCUGCAAACACAGCACGAAGUUGUUUCUUUUCUUUUAGUCACGCAGAGGACGGCGCCAACUACCACUCUGCCACUGCAGACAGACACGUACGCCCGUCGUCGAAAGCUUGCAGCCCUUCCGUGACACCUAGCUGUGUAGUGGGUCCGCGCUAUUGCAUCCGUUGCACUUUAGAGCUUUAAACAAGCAAGGAGAGCUUUGAAGCAUUCUUAUCUUAUGUAAAGGUUAUCACUAUAACUUUUAUACAUAAUACUGCGCAUUUUCACAUUUAGAGCUUGUAACCAUGCAAUCGAAUUGAAUAAUCGCAAGAGCCCAGAAUGAUUUGGCGUUUUCGUCAUUUUUUUUUCUUUACGUGUUAAGGUAAAACUGCUUGGAAUAAAGCUCAGAGAGCAAUUUGUAGGUAAAUGCUACGAACCGUUUUUAAAAUGUGAACGGCAUGAUUGACGCCAUCUAUUGUAGUUACCAUUAGACUCCUGCAGUCAGUUGUAAUUCGCUUUUAAUCCGAACUGUGUUACCAUUAGACACGAAAAACAAAAUUCAACGACAGCAUGAGUUAGUUCGAUGCCAACUCCGAUUUACCUCUCAUUAUACGUGUAUAAUGCAGAACUUCUCCGGUUAGACAGCAGGUGAAAAUUUUUGAAUACAGUUGCUUGCAUUCAAGUAAGAAAGCUGAAUCCUAUCGAUUGUCGGAUGCUGACAUUUGCCUUAGGGCGUCAUAUUUUUAUUAAAAAUUGACGAAAUAUUUACAAAUCCAUAACUAGUAAAAAAAAAAAGGCUAACAGUUGUAUAAACUGCAUAUGUUAGAUAAUUUGAAACAUAUAGAAGAGUUUACAGAAUAUGAGAAUACAAGUCUGGCCGCUUACGUUAAUUUUCUACAAUGCUAAAAACGGUUUUACGAAAGUCAUAUGCAUAAAUUUCAAAGUGGUACUUUAUGCCUCAAAUUUAUUCGUUUUGUUUGCUUGAAUCGGUGCAGUUUACGUAAUCAGUGUUUCUUAUUUGUUCUGUGUUGCAGAGUUGUUAGUUCGACGGUACAGGUUUUAUCAUAUUUUGCGAUAAUCAGCAAUGCUAAGAAAAAAUGGGUGGCUUAAAAAAAACAAAAAAAAAACAAGCAAA